CACUUGGUUGGUGUAAUACCUGGUCCAAACAAGUGUUCUCUUGAACAGAUCAAUGAAGGACUCAUGCCCCUUGUCAGUGAUCUCUUGCUAGCAUGGGAUCCAGGCUUCUUCUACAUGCGCACCUCUCUGUACCCUUCUGGCUGUUCUUGUCGAUCGGUGGUGAUUCCAUUGGUUUGCAAUAUCAUAGGUGCUCGACAAGUCGGCAGCUUUUCAGGACCUAUGAGCACAAUCUUUUGUCCAUACUGCCUCCUAAUGAAGGAUCACAUUGAAGAAAUGCCAUCGAAUAAAUGGCCGAUGUGA